AUGACAGUCGACUCGAACGAGACUGUGGAUCCCGACGAGUACGAUCCACUGGAAAUUGACGUCGACGACAUUGAAUCUUCCCAUCUGAGGAAAGUCGAAAACUGCACGCCGAAGGAAUCUGUACGCCGACGAAGAACGUCCGUGCAAAUUUGGAAAGAGAUUCAAGCCGAAGAGCGAAAAGCGAAGGAAGAGCGCUGUCCGUUGGCAGCAGUCCCCAUCUGUUGCUAUGGGUACGCCAGAAAACACCCUGGCUGCUCUCAGUGUGCCGACCGAGACCGGGAACACAUUCGAGAAUUUCGAAUGCUGGCUCAGACACACGUCAACGUAUAUUCAUGGAUUGCGCUGGAUCCUCGAGAGUUUGUGGCGAGGCUACCCAGAGAUGGUAUCAUGAUGUUCUUGGGAAUCUCCAUACAGGUUCUGGUGCCCACAGCCAUUGGAGUCCAGCUAUAUCGAAAGUUGGACGGAGAAUUAUGCCAUCAUGAUCACGAACAAACGGAUUUAGGUAUCCGAGGACUGGAAAUCACAAUGGCCUGUAUCCUUUCGCUAUAUUUCGGAAUUGUCAGUGUCAACAGUUUCCUUGGAAAAGUCAGGGGAAAUGCCUUCUUGUUCUUCUUUUCCUCCAUUCAAAGGAAACGCAAACUCAUAUUGCUUUUGGGAUUGAUGGCACAAAUGGCGGGUCUCAUCGCUGCCAAUGUGGCGGAAUAUCUUCUCUUUGUCUUUCGAGGGGCGGAUGAUUUCCUGCUGCUGCUGUUCACAUCUACAACCAUGCUAGCUACCCUGAACGCAGACAGCAGCAAUUUAGUCUCUGCCAAACAAGCAAUUGACGCAGAAAACAUUAUCGAAAAAAUUCUUUCCGACGAGGCCAUGGAUUUGGGCGAAAAUGGCACACCUGAUAUCCCCAAGGAUCUUGCCAGCGGCCUCGACGUAUUUCGCAAGUUGUACGAUGGAAUGGCCUUUUCGCUUUUUAUCUUUGUCAUUCUGCUCACUGGCUUUGUCACAUACUGCGUCUAA